AUGGAACACAGCCCGCGCGACACCAGUCCGGACAGCGACGACAUCAGCACAAUCGUAACCAGCACCCGCAACCGCCUCUCGGACCAAACCUCCAUCCCAAUCCAAGACCGCCGCGAAAGCAAUCUCAAUGGCGUCGAGCUCGAACGCAUAAACACCUACAGGCUCCAACACCGAUCCACCGUCGGUUCAGGGAUCGGCAUCACACCCCGCGAAGAAUGGCUCCCCCUCGGUGCUGGAAAACCAUAUCCGCCUGCCCUCCCAGACCCAGAACAAUACGUUGUGGAAUUCACGGACGCGCAGGAUCCCCUGCAUCCGCAGAAUUGGAGCCUGAAGCGCAAGAUUGGUAUCUCGGUGACGCUUGCGUAUACGACUUUCGUGUCUUCGUUUGCGAGCGCGAUUUACUCUGCUGCUGUGGGUGAGAUUGCGCCGCAUUUCCAUAUUAGUACUGAGGUUGCUAUUUUGGGUGUCACGCUUUAUGUGUUGGGGUUUGCGUCUGGGCCGACGGUGUGGGCGCCGGCGAGUGAGUUGAUUGGGAGACGGUGGCCGAUUUGUAUUGGGAUGUUUGGGUAUUCGAUUUUCACGAUUGCGACGGCGACGAGCAAAGAUGUGCAGACGUUGAUGCUGACGCGGUUCUUUGCGGGCUUCUUCUCUGCUAGUCCGAUUGCGAUUGUGCCGGCUGUGUUUGCUGAUAUUUAUAAUAAUCAGACGCGGGGUGUGGCUAUUGCGAUGUUUGCGAUGGCGGUUUUUGUUGGGCCUUUUGCGUCGCCUUUUACGGGGGGUUUUAUUACCAUGUCUUAUUUGGGGUGGCGGUGGACGAUGUAUAUUGCGUCGAUUAUGGGGUGGUUGGCGACGGGAUUGUGUCUUUUGUUCUUGAAGGAGACUUAUGCUCCGGCUGUUUUGGUGGAGAAGGCUGCGACUUUGAGGCGACAGACGCACAAUUGGGGCAUUCGAGCCAGACAGGAGGAGAUCGAGCUUGACUGGGGGGAGCUGAUCACCAAUAACUUCAGUCGUCCCUUCCGCAUGCUCUUUACCGAGCCGAUUGUUUUCUUGAUAUCCUUGUGGAUGAGUUUUGUAUACGGCCUGAUGUAUGCGCUGCUCAGCGCAUACCCCGUUGUCUUCCAGGGCAUCCAUGGAAUGAACCUGGGAGUAGGCAGUCUCCCAUUCAUUGGACUGAUCAUCGGAGAGAUUCUGGCCGGUGCAUAUAUCCUUUGGGACCAGAGGUCCUACAGCAAGAAGCUUGCUGCCAACAACAACAUCCCCAUCCCAGAAUGGAGACUUCCUCCCGCCAUUCUCGGUGGACUCUGUUUCUGCAUCGGACUCUUCUGGUACGGUUGGACCGGAUGGACCAAAUCAAUCCACUGGAUGGCUCCAACUGCCAGCGGAUUAUUGACCGGGUUUGGUAUUUAUGUGAUUUUCCUACAAUGUUUCAAUUACCUGAUUGACUCAUAUCUGACAUUUGCGGCCUCUGUAUUCGCCGCAAACACGAUCAUUCGAUCCGCUGUUGGAGCUGCAUUCCCGUUGUUCUCGAAACAGAUGUUCGUCAAUCUGGGCGUCCAAUGGGCUGGUACGCUUCUUGGAUGUCUUGCGCUCAUCAUGGUUCCUAUUCCUCUUGCAUUCAUCAAAUGGGGUCCUGCAUUGCGGAAGAAGUCCAAGUUUGCCCCGAUGUUGGAUAUUGCACCGGCUGAAAAGUCGGAAAAAGGGUCGGAGGCUGUUUAA